AUGAGCGCAUGGAAUAUCUUCAGGUUUUUGGCUGAUGCCUCCCACAUCGCAUCGAAGGUCAUCUUGAUCAUAUCAAUACACCGUAACAGGAGCGCUGAAGGUGUCUCCUUGAUCACCCAAGUCCUCUAUGCGGCCGUGUUCUGCACCAGAUACACAGACAUCGCCCAAGAAAGGUCUAAAUACAACCUGUUCUUCAAGAUAUUCUACAUCCUCUCUUCCUUCUACACCAUAGGGAUUAUGCGAUGGCUAUACCCGAGAACCCGAGAAAAGGAGCUUGCAUGGAAGAUGGGUGCUGGGGUCCUCGGCGCCUCACUGCUCAUCUCACCGUUCGCCAUGUUGAUUUUCGACAAAGGGAAUUACAGCUUGUUCUAUUGGCUGUGGGAUUUCUCCCAGAUCCUUGAGUCUGUCUGCGUUCUCCCGCAGCUCCUCCUCCUUCGCCAGACGACUGUGCCCACCGUCAUCGACUCGUUCUACCUGCUCGCCCUCGGCUCCUAUCGCGCACUGUACCUGUUGAACUGGAUAUGGCGCAAGCUACAUGGCGACCACCCCAACACGAUUUCUGUCAUUUUCGGUAUCAUACAGACUGCACUAUACGUCGACUUCGCCUGGGUGUACUACACUCGCCAGCGCGUCAAGCUCCGCAACGGAGGGGUUGUGGACGCCGACGACUUGCGCCGGGGCUGGCUACUGAACCGAAUCUUCGGUAGGCACGUCGAUUCGGAGGAGCCCGAGGACGAAGAGAGCGCACCGGCGCUGGGAGGUGGCCGUAAUGGCAGUGCCGGCGCACGGGCGACACGGUCCAAGUGGGGCAAGAGAGGCAUCUCUGUCAGCGCGGACGAUGGCGUGCUCGACCACAACCAGGCAUUCUCGGAGGAGGACGACGAGGAGCACGGCAUCACUGACGGGCUGGUGGACCCGGAUGCCAAGAUGAAAGAUCCCGACGAGCUGGCUCGAGUGUUGGACGACGAGGACGAGGAUGGCACCUUGCCGUCUACACACGGCAACGGCAAUGGAGAAUCGAGUGGAGUGAGGAAUGGCGAUGAGUGGAAUGACUGA